UAUGGAAAGGAUCCAAAAUAAGCUGUCUAAAAGAAUCAUAUGAUAAUGUGAAGCAAUAAGAACAAUGUAUAUGAAGACAUACAGUUCCAGCUUAUCUUCUUUUAUUGAUACCCUCAUUGCUUCACAUUUAUUAACGUUUCACCUAACUCCAGUUUCUGCUCUAAAAUAAAAUAAAUAGUGCAGUGUGUGUUAGGAUAUAAAUCCCUGAACCCUUUUGCUGCUACUCCCACUUUUAGUUGUUUAUAUUAUAGAACCAAAAUGGCAAAAAGUUUAGCUCUUUCUCUGAUUCUGUUUGUUAUGUAUGCGUCCACCGCAGCUAUAGCCAUGGCCAGAAACCUUGGAGAGGAGUCUAGUGACGAUACAAAGUUCGUUAAAGCCUCUUGUCAGACAACAACUUACCCGGAACUAUGCUUUCAGUCUCUGUCUUCAUACGCAAGCGAGAUCAAGAAGCGGCCUCGUCAGCUCGCUGAGACAGCGCUUGCUGUUAGCUUGGCCCGAGCAAAGUCAGCCAAAACCUAUGUCUCGGACAUGACUGACUAUAAAGGAAUCACAGAGAGGCAGCACGAGGCCGUCUCGGACUGUAUAGAAGAGAUGGGAGAUACUGUUGACAGGUUGAGAAGUUCGCUGAAGGAACUGAAGCAUCUGGAGGAAGGCGAAAGCGGGGAAGACUUCUGGUUGUGUCUGGGCAAUGUCCGGACAUGGACAAGUGCGGCUCUGACAGAUGAGACCACGUGUCUUGAUGGAUUUGGAGGGAAAGCCAUGGAUGGAGAGCUGAAAAGCUUAAUCAGAGAACACAUUUUGCGUGUGGCGCAAGAUACGAGCAAUGCAUUGGCUUUGAUCAAUGUCUUUGCUUCCAAGCAUUGAAGAUAUUGUGGUCUUGGGGGACUGAGUGUUUUUCUCUUGGGUUUGUUUUCUUUUGUGUUUUCAAGAAAUGUGUGUUUGGUUUGUCUUUGAGUCAAUAUCAGGUUUCGCUUGCCAGUUGCCACAUUGUUAUGUCAUGUACUUACGGGCUUACGGUGUUCGAAGCAAUAAUUUAUGUAAGCCAUGUAGAGGAUGUUGCAAUCUUAUCUUUUAAACCAUUUUCAGGUCA